AACCGGAAGUUUCGGUCAUUUCCUCUCCGACUCCUCGUCGUGUUCUCUAAACUAAUAAUUUACGGUGAUGCGGCAAGAGAAUAAGGGGUCGUAUCGUCUUAUCUGUCGAACUACAAACAAGAUUUAUUAAUGUUUGUUACUGCCAUGGUGGAGAAGAGGCUUCUGUAGCAGAAAAAAAAUUCAGUUGACAACAUCAUAAUCAGCCUGCAGCCGCCAUGAGGUGACGACUGUGACAUUUUGUACUUUUGCUGACGUGGACACAUGGCAAGGAUUACUUUGUCCUGCCUGCCAGCCUCCUGGUACUGCAGCGUGUCCCUGCUGUCUCUGGGCUGUGCACCAAGACAGAGGCUUCUGCUCCUGCUGCUGCUGCUCAUCACCUCUGUCUUCUUCCUUCUGGAAACCUACCAAAGGCAGCUAUGGGGCACCCAGCGACGGUCUGGGACCCAAAUUAACAAAUACCUCUCCCUCACUGAGUCUAUGGAGGCUACUGACAUCCUCAACCCUUCACUGAAUUAUGGCAUCGUGGUGGACUGUGGCAGCAGUGGCUCCAGGAUCUUUGUGUAUUACUGGCCGCCCCAUAACGGGAACCCCCACACCCUACUGGACAUCAGACAAAUGAGGGACCGCAGCCGCAACACUGUCGUCAAGAAGAUCAAGCCUGGUGAGGAUGCGAAGCUCACUCGGAGUUUGUACAGAGGUUUGCAGCUUUCCUCACUUGUUCUGUAUUUCUUUAUUGUGAACAAAACCUCCCGUUUUAUGCGGUACUUCUCUGCAUGUAGGCAGCAGGCAGACAUUAUAGAGGAUCUUGUCACCGAUGUCCCCCUGGAGUUUGAUUUCCUCUUUUCCCGUUCACAUGUUGAGGUCAUCUCUGGGAAACAGGAAGGAGUGUAUGCUUGGAUUGGCAUUAACUUUGUCUUGGGCCGCUUCGACCAUCCUGAUGAGGAGGACGCCACAGUCGAAGUGACAACAAGUUCUCAGAACCAGCAGCCAAUCAGCAGACGGCGCACAGUGGGCAUCAUGGAUAUGGGUGGAGCUUCACUUCAAAUCGCCUAUGAGGUGCCCAGCGCCAUCACCUUCAACUCACCUCAAGAAGAGGAGGCAGGGAAGAGCUUCCUCGCAGAGUUUAAUCUGGGCUGUGAUGUCGAGCACACGCAACACGUGUACCGAGUGUAUGUCACCACGUUCCUGGGCUUUGGAGGAAACAUGGCCAGGCAGCGCUACGAGGACCAGCUCUUUAACAGCACCUUCACCAAGAACAGAUAUCUAACCACACAGACGGGUCUGAGUAAGGACAAACCGUACCUGGACUCCUGCUUGCCCGUCGGACUGACUGAAACAAUAGUCCGGGACAAUCGCACGCUGCACCUGAGGGGUCAGGGUGACUGGACCAAGUGUCAGGAGGCAGUGCGACCCUUCCUGGGUCUCCAUAAUGGCACUAUGUCACCAAGAGGUGUCUAUCAGGCUCCCAUCAACUUCAGCAACAGUGAGUUCUAUGGUUUCUCUGAGUUUUACUACUGUAUGGAGGACGUGCUCAGGAUAGGAGGACAGUACAACAGUGAGAAAUACUCCAAAGCUUCUAUGGACUACUGCUCUACCCAGUGGUCGACACUGAAACAGCGUCUGGAAAACCACCUUUACUCCAAACAGGCAGACGACAGCAGACUGAAGUAUCAGUGCUUCAAGUCAGCCUGGGUGUAUGAAGUGUUGCACUCUGGUUUCCGUUUCCCCACCAACUACCCGAACCUGAAAACAGCCCAGCUGGUUUAUGACAAAGAGGUCCAGUGGACUUUGGGGGCCAUCCUGUACAAAACCCGCUUCCUGCCUCUCAGGGACCUGCAGCAGGAAGCACUGCGGCAGAACCACCCCAGCUGGCUGCGCUCUUCAUUCGUCUACAACCACCACCUGUUCUCACUCUGCAUCCUGGUGGUGGUGCUGGCCAUCCUGCUCUACAUCCUGCGCCUGCGGAGGAUUCACCAGCGGGAGCAGCGGCAGGCCGAGGUCCUGAACCUCCUCUGGGUGGAAGAGGGAGAGGCUCUCCUUCCCUGAGAAAUACGUCUGGGACGGGAGGCUCCACACUA